GAAAAAGAAAGUAUGAAUACAGAAAACAUAAAAACAGAUCUUACUUUACCCGAAGAGAUAGAAACUAAGGCCAAGACUAUGAAAAAAGAAGGCCUAGAAUUAAUAAAUAAACCUAAGCCAAAAGUUAGUAAUGAUUCAGACUUACCAAAAACAGAAUUAACUAUUCAGAUUCUAAUAAAAGAGAAUACUAAAAGAUCACUAAUACCUAAAAAAGGAGUGAAAUUUAUCGAUAAUAUGAAAAUACAUACUUCAUUUAUACUCACCCUACUCUUAGAAGUUAUUUUGCCAUAG